GGUUUUUCGGGUUGAUCGGACUUCUUUUGGCUGCCGUGAGUUCACUGUAUUGUAAAGGGUACUGUGGAUCCUAGAGGAGGAGGGGGGGGUCGAUUUGCCAAAAAAUCUCCCGCUUCGUUUUAUGGUUUACGUUAACACUCCGGGAGGGCAGAAAUGGCGGCCAACAUGUACCGGGUCGGAGAUUAUGUAUUCUUUGAGAACUCCUCCAGUAACCCUUACCUGAUACGACGAAUAGAAGAACUCAACAAGACGGCCAGUGGCAAUGUGGAGGCCAAGGUGGUUUGUUUCUACAGAAGGAGAGACAUCUCCCACAGCCUCAUCCAGCUCGCAGACAAACAUGCAAAGGAGUUGGAAGAAGAGAAGGAGAGCCCGAUAGAAACGGACCUAACAGAAAAACAGAAACACCAGCUUCGCCACAGAGAGCUCUUCCUCUCCCGGCAGUAUGAGAGUCUGCCUGCGACACACAUCAGGGGGAAGUGCAGUGUCGCAUUAUUAAAUGAGACUGAAGCCGUUCUUUCAUACCUUGACAAAGAGGACACGUUCUUCUACUCGCUGGUCUACGACCCCACACAGAAGACCCUGUUGGCCGACAAAGGAGAGAUCCGAGUGGGACCGCGCUUUCAGGCAGACGUACCUGAAAUGCUACAAGAGGGUGAGGCAGAUGACAGGGACCAGUCCAAGCUGGAAGAGAAGCUGUGGUAUCCAGAGUGUCCGCUCACCAGCAAACAGAUAGACCAAUUCCUAGUGGUGGCACGGGCGGUUGGGACCUUUGCUCGAGCGUUGGACUGCAGCAGCUCAGUUCGACAGCCAAGCUUACACAUGAGUGCAGCUGCAGCCUCACGAGAUAUCACACUGUUCCAUGCGAUGGACACGCUGCAUCGUCAUAAUUACGACCUGUCCAGUGCGCUGAGUGUACUGGUCCCAGCAGGCGGCCCGGUGCUCUGCAGGGACGAGAUGGAGGAGUGGAGCGCCUCGGAAGCCGCCAUGUUCGAAGAGGCGCUAGAGAAAUACGGAAAAGACUUCAACGACAUCCGACAAGACUUUCUGCCAUGGAAGUCUCUGACUAGUAUCAUAGAGUACUACUACAUGUGGAAGACAACAGACAGAUAUGUGCAACAGAAGCGACUGAAGGCAGCUGAGGCAGAGAGCAAACUGAAGCAGGUUUAUAUCCCUACAUAUAACAAGCCCAACCCCAACCAGAUCUCUAUGACCAAUGGCAAGAUGGCGACAGUGAAUGGAGCGGGCCCCGGGGCCUACCAUGCAACAGGCGGGGGCAGAGCCUGCGAGAGCUGUUAUAACAUGCAGUCGGCCCAAUGGUACUCAUGGGGGCCACCAAACAUGCAGUGCCGCCUUUGCGUUUCCUGCUGGAUGUACUGGAAGAAGUACGGAGGCCUGAAGAUGCCAAGCAGAGCAGAGGUCCCCGAGGAGAGGACCUCCCCCAGUCCAGCAACCAAUGAGCCUCGCUCACGGGGCCACGCUCCUCGCCAGUCCAAUCACAUGGUGCCGAUGCGAAACAGCGGCAGCCCGAAGUCCUCCAUGAAGACCAAGCAGGCCUUCCUGCUGCAGGCCACCCGCCUCACCAAGCUGGCCCGGCACAUGUGCCGUGACAUCAUCAGGCUGCGCCGUGCUGCGCGCCGGCCCUUUGUCCCCAUUAACUGUGGGUCCAUAAAGGCAGAGUACAUGUUGAGGGCGUCGGAAGGGCAGGGGACUCGCCUCCCCAAAACCAGAGCCGCCCAAAGGAGCACUCUGACCAGUGUUGUCCAAUUUCUAGAGUCCCGGCCAGCAGCCCACGUCCCUCGCUCCCACCGCACCCCAGGCCUGCAGACGCCUCCCCCUCGACGCCUCCUCUCUUCUCUCCCGCACGGCCCCCACGGCAUGCUGGGAAAACGCAGCUACCAUCACCACAGCAGGGCUGAGCCGGACAGACGCGCAGAUAACCCUGGUACGACAGGUGGACCCCUCCUGCAUAACGGCCGCAGCAGCAGCAGUGGAAGCACCCGAAGCGGCGUCAUGAUCCGCAAGAGACGCCCCAACUGGAUCGAUGCCCCCGAUGACAGCUUCUUCCUUGUCACCCGGGAGACCAGGAGGGCCAGGCGGCUGCUGUCCCGUUCCCAGCUGAGGCACGCUUCUCGCCAGCCGUGUGAGCAGAUCACCCUGCGCAGGGUCACCCAGGCCCCGCCGCAGGGGCUCAUCCUCGCCCCGCCGCAACCUCACCCCAGCUUGAGGAUGCGAGGCCCCAUCGUCAUCCACGACUGAACCGGCACGGAUCCU